GAACUUGAAGGAACCGACUGGAUUCCGACAAAUAAAUCCUAUCGGAUCUGUCCUUCGGAUUUCAUCGGAAUCCGGUAAUCGGAAUGCGUCGGAAAUUAUGGGAAUCAAUUGUGAUCCGAUCAGAUUCCGACAAUCGGAAUUCUAUCGGAUUCAGUCAUCGGAAUUCAUCGGAUUGAGACAGAUCCGACAGAAUCCGAUGGCCCACUUUCGACCUGGGAACGUGUAUUCAUUGCAAUGACAAAAUGAAAGAAAAGAACAAUAUUGUAGUAUAUUGUUCAUCUCAUCACUUAUCCUUUUGUACCGAUAAAUGUGUUGUGCACAAGUAAUAAGAAUCAUCUAUAAUCUUACUUCAUUUUGAAUGAUCCUUUUUAUUGAUAAUGUCGAAUACAUGAAGUUCUAAUCGUUAUAUUGUCAUUCCUAAUGGAUUAAGUGAAAAAGAAACGGACACGUCCGAGUCGGAAGAUGAGAUUGGUGCUGUUCAACAUGUUUUACACGAUAAAUUAGCAAUCAACAAAGAUAAUUCAUCUAGUGAAGGAAGUGAUGUUAAAGAAAUGGUAACAGAUCAACCAUCAAAAAGAAAAAAGGCAAUUAUAUUGGAAAAAAAAAAGAUUUUGAAGUUCCAGCAGCAGAGUUUACUGGAACUUUGCCAUCACCACCAAUACAUGAAGAGUUAGAACCUGUUGAUUACUUUUAUUCUAUGUUUGGCAAGGAAUCUAUUACACUUAUGAAAAAUCAAUCAAAUUUAUAUUCUCCACAGAUGAAUCCAAAUAAACCACUUUGUGUUUCUGAAAACGAAAUGAAUCGUUUUAUAAGUAUAUUAUUAAUGACUGAUGUCUAUUCAUUUCCACAACAGCGUUUUUUUUGGAUGAAUGCUACUCGUGUUGAAUCUCUAACCUCGGCUAUGAGUCGAGAUCAAUUUUUACCAAUCAAAAGAAAUAUUAAUGUUGUUGAUAAUACAAAUAUAUUAGAUAACAAUGAUCCGAAUUUCGAUCGUGCGUACAAAGUUGGACCAUUACUAAAUAUUUUUAAAGAAAAUUUCCGUAAAAUUCCAAAAGAAGAAAAUGAAUGCUUGGCUCUCUAUCGUCGUCAUUCUUCAGGACAGAAAAUUCCAAAAAAGAACAUAAUGUCUUUACUAAAAUUUCGUGUCAACGUAGCUGCAGCUUUGCUUCAAUGUAAUCCAUCAUCAUCACCAACAGCCAAACGUGGUCGUCCAUCAUUGCAAUCAAUAAUAAGUGACCAGACAUCUCCAAAAUCAUCUGGAGCUACACCAAAUCCACUACCAUCAAAAAAUAUUCGAAUGGAUAGAUUUACCCAUUGA